CUAUAAACGUUGCAGCUCCUACAGUAACUUCUUCCCUUUCGUUCUCUUCUAAAUAGUUUUACUAUCCCUAUGACCUUUAUAAGACAAAGGUACAAACCACCCGUCAUUUCAAAACAAUGCAGACGGAUCAUGAUUCUGCAUACGAAAGCGAUAACUCUCAAGCAACCAACACUACCAGCAUACCAACGGAUAUUUUAGAUGGUCAAAGGCAAUACGGUCGCCGAUACCACAGGUAUCGGCAGAGUACAUACUUGAUUCCCGAUGAUGAGAUCCAGCAAUCCUGUCUCGACCUCUUCCACUGCUACUGCACGGCUUUACUUGGUGGCAAGCACUAUCUUGCCCCCGUACCCGAGCAGAGCGACCGCGUUCUAGAUCUCGGCUGUGGAACUGGGACAUGGGCCGUGCAAGUCGCCGAUGACCAUCCCAAUUGGCAGGUCACUGGCAUCGACCUCAGCCCAAUACAACCAACAUGGGUUCCACCGAACCUCACUUUCGUGCUCGAUGACAUGGAGGACCACUGGACUCACGGCGAACCGUUCGACUUUAUCCACUCACGUCAAACCGGGGGAUCAGUGAAAAAUUGGCCGGAGCUUAUCCAACAAUGCUAUGCAAAUUUGAAAAACUUGGGCUGGAUUGAAUUUCAGGAGCUUGAUUACAGUCACCAAGCUUUGGAGGGCGUAGCCGAAGAAAAAAGCCUCGUCCGUUUAGCAGAUACGCUGACAAUGAAGGCCUUCCGUGCACUAGGCCGCGAGUUGUCAGUCGGGGGGGAAAUUCAAGGGUGGCUUGAAAAUAAGGGAUUCGUGAAUGUACAACACCGUGUCUUCAAAGUCCCCCUUGGCCCGUGGCCCUGUGAUAUGAGACUGGUAAGUGUCCCAGCCCCCCCUGCUGUUCUGACGAUUAAAUCACAACAGAAAGUGAUUGGUGAUCUGCGUCUUUGCGAAUACCGAGAGGGCCUUGAAGGUCUCGUCCUCAAGCCGUUUGUAUAUGGCUUGGGGUGGUCAUCUGAGAACGUCAGAGAGUUUGUGAAACAGGUUUGCGACGAAGCAGACAAUCAGAAAUUUCCUUUGUGGUGUCAGUUGUAAGUUGAGCCCCUUCAGCAAUCGAAAGUGCCCCUCAUAACGACCUGACUUACACAAGCAAGCCAUAUUGUAUUCGGUCAGAAGGUUAUCUAAACAUUGAAUAAUAUGUUGAGGAUGAGGUUGUUUGGGAAGUCCGAGAAUGGAAAUGGGAGAGUGGCGCUGUUCCACACUAUGUUGUACCACGGUUCGCUUUAUCUGUGCGUGAUAUCUCCGGAGUGUGUUGUUGGGGGAGAGGGUUCUUUUUGUUUAUUCACCUGUUUGCGCCAUCACAGAGAUGAAAAGGGAACCUGUAAAAUGCCGUCCGUGCUUAGAGCAUAGUAGAUGGUUCUUAGUUUGAUGGGUGAGGGGUUUGUCCGCCAGCUAACUUAGACUCCUUCACCUGACACAAACUAAAGCUGGGAAGGCCAACCAAAAGUUGGGUGUGAUUGGUAGUAACCGCUCAGCUACAUUGCAAAGUGGCAUGUCAUCUUGGAACCGGGAAACAGGUUCCACAGAAGUCAUGUCCGUCAAUCGCCAUGGACACUACCUGUCAAGAAGUUAAAAGUGAUGACCAGGGCAGGGAGUGUCGAAUUCAGUAAAUUAUCUAUCGGAGGCGGAAGAGCA